AUGGAAAACAGUGAAGCAAGAGUUAGUGAUCCAUUCUAUGUGUACCAAAAAUUCACCUUAUCUGAAGAAUUGAAAAAUGCAAUAAGACAACAUGUUGUGGAGACAAGGAGGGAACUAGACUUCAUAAAAAAUGACAAAAACAGAGUGAGAGCUAUUUGUAAAGGUACUAUCUCAGACCUUGGUCAACUUGACCCAUGUGGGCCCAGUCAAAGCAAUAAAGAAAGUUUAGAAAACAACUGUCCAUGGGUACUUUAUGCUAGCAAGUGGGAACAAGAUGUUGACUGGGAGAUCAAGACCUACGAAAAAGAGCAUAGAUGUCUACAAACAAGAAAUGUGAAAGCUUGUACCUACAAGUUCUUGGCAAAGAAAAUUGUGCAACAGAUUGAAAGCAAUCCUACAAUCCCUACACGAGCUUUACAAGAACAACUUCAACGUGAAUACCAGGUAGAUAUUUCGAAGAUGAAGGUAUUUAGGGCUAAAACAGAAGCAUUGAAUCAAGUAAGGGGCGAUUAUGCAGGGCAAUAUACUACACUACGAUACUAUGUUCAAGAACUUCGCACUCGAAACCCAGGGACAACAUUUAAGAUAGAGGUCGAAAGUGAGCCAAACCCAUCUUCUGAGACUAGAACUUUCAAACGGAUCUACAUCUGUCUAGGGCCAUUAAAGAAAGGUUUUCUAGUUGGUAAAAGAGAUUAUCUUGGUUUGGACGGGACUUUUAUGAAAGGGCCUUAUCCUGGAAUGAUACUCACAGCAGUGGGUCUUGAUGGAAAUAACUGUACAUAUCCUUUGGCAUAUGCUGUCGUGGAGGCUGAGAAUAUAAACUCAUGGACUUGGUUCUUAAGGUGCUUGGGUGAUGACAUUGAUUUGCAAGCUAAUUCCAACAUUACCUUUAUAUCUGACAGACAGAAGGGCUUGUUGCAAGCAGUUGGUACAUUGUAUCCAUGUGCAGAACAUAGGUUUUGUCUGCGACACAUUCAUGAAAACAUGAAGAAAAUAUGGAGGGGAAAGGUGUUCCAAGACAUGUUGUGGAACUGUGCAAGUACAACAACAAUACAAGAAUUCAACCAUGCUAUGGAAGAGUUAAGAAAGCUAAACAAUGACUGCUAUGAAUGGGUCAAAGCUAUUCCACCUCAACAUUGGUCUAGGGCACACUUCACAGGGAGGGCUCAUUGUGAUGGGCUUCUGAAUAACUUGUGUGAGACCAUAAAUAAUUAA